CAUCGGGGCGCUGUUGUGAUCUCUGUAUUGAACGAUGAUGGCCUUGGUGACAAAGCUUCCAAUUCUCGCAUUGCAGCAUGGUGGAGUUCCGACGUCCAUUUCAUCAAUAGUCAUCCGAAUGCUCAUCAAACCCCACGCAUUCGACUGUACCGAUGCAUUUACUUAGCUAAUAGUAGGCCUGAUCCGCCCGCCAAGGCAUUGGUCCGCCUCCGCGUCGUCACUUGUUCGUGUCUGUACCUUAGAAUCUGACAAAUACAUCAGAGAUAUAAUCGUAGCGCACAUCUAUAAAUCGGUCAACCGCCUCUCACACUAUCCACAUCAAGCACCAUGUCUACCACUCAGAACGACAUCAUCGUCGAACCCGUUGAGACGGAGCAGGAUAUCCGACAAGCGAACUAUUGCGUAUCAGAAGCAUUUGGCCGUCAAGCGAAGGAUGCUGUGUGGAUCCUCGUGAACCCAGGAUGGGACACCAAAGAAGGGCAAGCUGUUCAUGCCGAGGGUCUGAUCCAACGUUGGAAGUCGGGAACCGUCAACAAGAACGGCCAGCCCAACAAGGUCUACCUGAAAGCCACGCUGCCCGAUCCGGAGAACCCUGGGCAGCGAAGAGUUGUAGGAAUGGCAGUCUGGCAGCAAUUCUCCGAGAUUGAGGGCUGGGGCGACAAAUAUACAGGCGAUAUGACUGAGGCACUGGCACAGUUGGACGGCGCAGAGAAGCGCUUUGCGGACCAGAUGUUCAAGUCACUGUGGAAGAGGCGCACCUCGUAUAUCAAGGAGAUUGCUGCCCAGAAGGACCGCAGCAGCCCGCCUGCCAUCUUCACCCUGGAUCUCUGCGCAGUCGACCCAGCAUUUCAACGACGAGGCAUUGCAGCCAAGCUUGUGCAAUGGGGGUUGGAUGAGGCUAAGAGGCGAGGCAACUUGGAGUGCACCACAGAGGGAAGCGCCAUGGGAAGAGGAGUUUACAGGAAGCUGGGAUUCAAGGACGAGGGCGAGGGCGACAUCGUAUAUGAGGUCGACGACGAAUUCAAGGACUGGGAUAAGCCACCAAACUUCACGAUAACUGCGUCGUCUGUCAACAGACAUUUUGACUAUCUCAAGGCUGCAAUUGCUAUUCAAGAGACUGACCUCACCACAAAACGUCUCGUAGAAGUUACUGGGGACCCUUUCUUCAACAUGGCGCCAAUUGUCGACAUCCACACUCAUGUGUACCCUCCCAAGUACAUGGAGCUGCUGCGUUCUCGAACGACAGUUCCCUACGUUCGCAAUUUUCCAGAUGCGCCCGAAUCUUCGCGUCUCAUCAUUCUUCCUGGUGAAGAUGAUCCCUCCAUGCCGUCAACCUCGCGCGGCCGCCCCAUUGGCUCCGAAUACUUCGACAUUGCCGAGAAGAUUGCGUUCAUGGACCAGCACAAGAUUGACAAGAGUGUGAUUUCACUCGCAAACCCAUGGCUGGAUUUCCUGCCUGCAGAAGAGGCAGGAGAAAAGGCUAUCGAAAUCAACGACGACGUAAACGAGCAAUGCGCACUGUACCCCGGGAGACUGUACUUCUUCGGCACACUGCCUUUGUCGAGCGACACCGCCACCAUCGUCAAGGAGAUCGAACGUCUAUCAACACUGAAGUAUGCGCGCGGCGUCAUCCUCGGAACCUCAGGUCUCGGCUCUGGUCUUGACGACCCAAAACUCGACCCCGUUUACGCUGCGCUGCAGGAGCACAACCAACUGAUCUUCUUGCACCCGCAUUACGGUCUCCCCACAUCUGUAUACGGACCCAGGGCUAGCGAGUACGGCCACGUCCUGCCACUGGCGCUCGGGUUCCCGCUCGAGACCACCAUCGCAGUGACGAGGAUGCUGUUGAGUGGCGUGUGGGACCGGUUCACCGGCCUCAACGUUUUGCUCGCACACAGCGGCGGUACUCUGCCUUUCCUCGCCGGCAGAAUCGAGAGCUGCAUCCUGCACGACGGUCACCUCAAGGCACAUGGCAAGACUCAAAACCGCCGCGAUGUAUGGGAUAUCCUGAAGACGAACAUCUACCUCGAUGCGGUUAUCUACUCCACUGUCGGGCUGAACGCCGCAGUCGAGGCGUCCGGAGCUGACAGGCUGCUGUUCGGUACGGACCACCCGUUCUUCCCACCGCUUGAGGAGGAUGCGAAGGAGUGGCACAGCGUCAAUGCGAACUACGGGGCGAUCUCGAAGUCGUUCAGUGGUGGCGAUGGGAAAGCUGAGGGAGUGCUCGGCGGGAACGCCGUGCGGAUAUUGAGAUUAGAGUAAACGACACAAUUGACUUUCACACAUGUCACGGCC